UUGUAGUUGUUAUCAUGACUACCAUCAUAGUAGAAGAAAUUGGUAAAAAUUUGCUCAUGGGAGUAAUUUCUGGGAUUGGAAAGUAGGUCGGAGCAAAAAUGUUCGACAGCAUUUUUGCUGAAGAUGUUCCCAGCUACUUCACUGAAGUCUACAAAGAGAUCGAAAGAAUCAUGCAUCAAGAAAUAACAGAAAACACCAUAAACGAAAUUAACGGGCAGAUAAAUGGAACUACUGAGUGGGUAAAAUUCACGUACAAUCCCCGCAAAGAUUCUGAUGCAUCUAAAAAGGAGUUGUACGGUCUUUUGGAGCCGAAAGUCAGUGAUCUGGCGAUCAACAUGGUAGCAGUGCUCGAGGAGAAAACAUAUGCAGAAUCAGCUUUGGCAGUAUUCAUUAUUGGCGCUGGAAUUCACUUGGCGCUCUUGCAGGAGCUAGCGGAUGUUGAUCCCAAUGUAGACGAUCCUCAACAGUCAUCCUACAUCGCUACUAUUCAGGGUUAUAGCCCCGAAUAUGCUGACCAUGCAGAGAAAACCUGGGAGACUAUAAAGAAGGCCAGAAUCGCACAGAUAACUAAGGUAUGUAUAAAGAGUCAGCUCUACCCACCCAUGGCAGGAGGACCUCCGACUGACUACCUUUACACCUCUGAGUGGACUGAUAACCUUACAGGAGAGAAGUUCACAGAUGCUACUAGUUUCAUUGGAGGCAAAUGGACAAAUGGCAACUAUGCUGAGCUUGAAAAUCGCGCAAAUGCUGCACGCACGACUUACAUUAAUACCACAAUAGAUGAGCUCCAAAUCCAGAUGAAUGACCCCCCACACGCAGCUGAAACUUGGAGGAAGCUGGUCGAUCAACCUCUGGCAGUUAUCGAAUAAACUUCUAAUGAAUUUGUUGAAAACAUUUCCGAUGCAGAACAACCAUUUGAAAGAUUGCUUUCAUUUAAUCAAACAAUACAUGAGAACAUUAAAUUAGAACAUGGUUCGAACGAAACGUUUUUACACUGCAUUUUAUCUAUUAAAACCCUCACUUAAUUCGUAAAACGUUUUGUCAUUCACAGUACAGGAUGUCCAGAUAUUUACGCAGCUUAAUAUUAGCAGCCAUCGAAAAUUCAAUCUAAGAGAUGAAUUUUGACACUAUUAUUAAAAUUGGUCUAGUGUAAACAAUUUUAUCGCUGUUCAAAGUAAUGCGUUAUCAAACCCCCUGAUUGACCAUGAUUUCAAUAGUCCAUUGAGAGUCACAUCACAGAUUAGAUAAUAAUAAUACCAGAUGAACAACUUCGCUAAAAUUUUGUUCGAGAGAUUUUUAUACGCAAAAUCACGCAAUAAUUCGUCAAAUAACGUAAUAUGGCGUAAGCCACACCUGCUGGCAAAAUGGCGCAUAAUCAUAUAUGGAGAUAUAUUGCGUGUACUUUCAUGGUGACAUUUUGCCAGUAACCGUCACUUAAAAUAGUAAGUCAGGGUUUGUUCCAAUUAUUGUUUUAAUGCCACCUUCAAGGCCGCCCAUAUACCAUUCACUUGUAAUGAUUAAGAUUGUACUCAGUCAGAACUGCAAAACUAUAUUAAUAAGAAAGAAAUCGUGAGCAUUAUCGAAAAAUAUAAUAUACUCUGAAAUGUAGUGACAUAGCCAGAUUACUAUUAGAAUUUUAUCCGUGCCGUACCAAAAAUUGAGCGUAGUGUAAACGGGGCUUAAGAUAUAUAAACAGACAGUCAUAUCUUAUACAAAAGUCAGUUGACAUAUACUAUCACAUAUCACAUGUAAUUGUUGAUAUAAAGUCAAUAUGUGCUGACAACAAUCCACACAGGGUUGCUCUAUGAAUCUUAUUACAGUAAGCCUGAUUUAACAACAUCUCGAGUUUGUUUUUAAAUUAUAAACACCUAUAAAUGAACACUAUAUAAACUCAUCGUCUUGACUGGCUUGGCACAUAUUAACAAACAACUAAACUGAGCGGGUCAUGUAGCAGCUCGAACAAGGUCUUUUGUGAUUGGUCAAAGGGAUAGUUAAAUAUUAAUUAUAUACUGGAC